AUGGAUUAUACGGCGGUGAACGGCCUCAAGCAGACGGUGGCUCCACUCUUGAUGAAAAUGGAUGGACUUCCUCUAGCCAUCCUCUCCGACAUCCUCUCUAGGGUCUCGAUCCAGUCGCUACUACGGUUCCGAUGCGUCUGCAAGUGCUGGCAAGAAGCCAUAGAAGCCAUAGAUAAUUCCUACUUUCGCAACUCAUUGCACUGCUCGAAAGAAAGAAUGCUUCUAUACCAUGAUUAUAGAAAAGAGGAGAUCUAUCCCCUCAGGAUACAAGAGGAAGCGCCGAUGAAGAUGAUCCAGAUAGCGAAAUUCCCGGGACUGCAGAGACUAUAUGCUCCAAGGUGCCUGCAAUGGCUUCCUCUUUUAGGGCACUUGAUCGAUGUCAAGAAUAAUCCUGUGCUCCUGGUUAAUCCUCUUACUAAAGAGAUCCUGAGAUUGCCAAGAGCACCCGAUCUUCGACCAGAUAUGUCGGUUUACGGGUUCGGCUUUGAUUGCUCUGCCAACACUUACAAGAUGGUACAAAUGGAUGCAACUCGUACCCGCAUGAUGAUGAGGGCUCGAGUCUACGAUUUCGAGAAGCGAUUGUGGAGGACCUGCAAAGCCCCGCCGCCUUCUCAGUUGCCUUGUCGUAAAUUCUUCUUUGCUUCUGGAGCUUUGAACUGGUUCCUCAACAUGGGGGUGAUGCUCUCUUUCGACCUAACCAACGAGGAGUUCAGCUCGAUCCAGUUUUCGGUGCCGACUCGUCGAGCUGGGAGGAUCGCCGGGGCUGUUCCGUUAUUCCUACAUGGACCUCAUCGAGGUGUGGGUGCUUGA